AUGCUACUUCUAUUACAAGUCAUUUCGAGCAUCGAGCAGAAGACCGACACCUCCGACAAGAAGUUGCAGCUGAUCAUGGAUUAUCGGGAGAAAGUGGAGUCGGAGCUGAGGUCCAUCUGCACCACGGUCCUGGAAUUGUUGGAUAAAUAUUUAAUAGCCAAUGCAACUAAUCCAGAGAGUAAGGUCUUCUAUCUGAAGAUGAAGGGAGAUUAUUUCCGGUAUCUUGCUGAAGUAGCAUGUGGCAAUGCUCGAAAACAAACGAUAGAUAAUUCCCAAGGAGCCUACCAAGAGGCAUUUGAUAUAAGCAAGAAAGAGAUGCAGCCUACACAUCCAAUCCGCCUGGGUCUGACCCUUAACUUUUCUGUAUUUUACUAUGAGAUCCUUAAUAAUCCAGAGCUUGCCUGCACACUGGCUAAAACGGCUUUUGAUGAGGCCAUCGCAGAGCUUGAUACACUGAAUGAAGACUUCUACAAAGACAGCACCCUCAUCAUGCAGUUGCUUAGAGACAAUUUAACAUUAUGGACAUCGGACAGUGCAGGAGAAGAAUGUGAUGCAGCGGAGGGGGCCGAAAACUAAAGGCAUCCAGGGUGCUGUCCUUCGUCCCCUCAAGAAAACCUUUUUACAUCUCCAUUCCUUAUUUCACUUGGAUUUCCUCCAGCAAGG